AUGGCAGAGUCACAGGAUGAUAAGCUUUACAGAGCUGAAUAUGCCAAGAGUGGACGGGCCUCCUGCAAGAAAUGCAAAGAAAACAUCCCAAAAGACUCGCUUCGAAUGGCGAUAAUGGUGCAGUCUCCUGCGUUUGAUGGGAAAGUCCCCCACUGGCACCACCUGCCCUGUUUCUGGCUGAAAGCAGCAGUGCAGUCUCCUGCCGACAUCUCCGGCUUCUCUGAGCUGCGCUGGGAGGACCAGGAGAAGCUCAGAAAGGCCAUCGAGGACGGGGGCACUGCAGGAGGAGGAGGAGCUAAAGGGGAGAAGACCCUGAGUGACUUUGCAGUGGAGUACGCCAAGUCAAACCGCAGCGCCUGCAAGGGCUGUGAACAGAAGAUAGAGAAGGACCAGAUUCGUGUGUCGAAGAGAACGGUGGACCCGGAGAAGCCGCAGCUGGGCCUGAUUGACCGCUGGUACCACACUGCCUGCUUCGUGCAGCAGCGGGAGGAGCUGGCCUUUCGGCCGGAGUACAGCGCCGCCCAACUCAAGGGCUUCCUCUCCCUCAGCGAUGAAGACCAGGCCGAGCUGAAGAAGAGGCUUCCGGCCGCGAAGAGACCGAGGCAAAGGAAGGCAGAUGAACUUGAUGCUGAAGGGACCUCCAAAAAGAAGAAACCGGACAAAGAGGCGAAGCAGUUGGAGAAGCAGCUGAAGGAACAGAAUCAACACAUCUGGAACAUCAAGGACAAGCUGAAGAAUUCCUGCUCUACCAAUGACAUGAAAGAGCUGCUGAUCAGCAAUGAUCAGGAGGUGCCUUCAGGAGAGUCCAAUAUCGUGGAUCAGCUGGCAGACUGCAUGGCGUUCGGAGCUCUGCAGCCCUGUGAGGAGUGUGAGGGUCAGCUGGUCUUUAAGGGAGACGCAUAUUACUGUAACGGUGACAUCUCUGCCUGGACCAAGUGUGUCUUCAAGACACAGAUACCUAACCGCAAGGACUGGGUCACACCCAAGGAGUUUCACGAGAUCCCCUUCCUCAAAAGGUUCAAGUUCAAACGUCAGGACAGAGUGUUGCCCAAAGUUGAGCCGACACCACCUGCAUUAACCGCUGCUGCUGCUACUGCUGCCACCAGCUCCACCAGUGCAGGAAGGCCGCUGUCAGGGAUGAAGAUCCUGAGUGUGGGGAAGCUGGGAAGGAAGAAGGAGGAGCUGAAGGCAGCCGUGGAGGAGCUGGGGGGAAAGGUCACGGGGUCGGCAAGCAGCGCCGGACUCUGCAUCAGCACCCCGAGGGAGGUGGAGAAGCUGAGCAAGAAGAUGGAGGAGGUGAAGGGGGCCGGGGUGCGGGUCGUCGCUGAGGACUUUCUCACAGACGUUAGCUCUUCCAGAAAAUCCCUGCAGGAGCUGAUAGCCCUCCAUGCCAUCUCACCCUGGGGGGCAGAGGUCAAACUGGAGGCCCCUGCCCCCCCCACCGCUGUGCCCUCCAAAUCCAGCAAGAAGCCUGCGAGCAGGGGGAAGGAGGAGGAGGGUAAGGAGUUAGGGUUAGAGAGGAGGAGGGAGAAGAUGAAGCUGACAGUGAAAGGAGGUGCAGCAGUGGACCCGGACUCUGGCCUGGAAGACUGCGCUCAUGUCCUGGAUCAUAACGGUAAGAUCCUCAGUGCCACGCUGGGCCUGGUGGACAUCGCUAAAGGAACAAACUCGUACUACAAACUGCAGCUUCUGGAGGAUGACAUGCAGAAGCGGUACUGGGUGUUCCGGUCCUGGGGUCGUGUGGGCACCACCAUCGGGGGAAACAAGCUGGAAAAGUUUGAUGACAAGAACUCGUCCCUGGACCACUUCUGCAGCCUUUAUGAGGACAAGACUGGGAACUCCUGGACAUCCUCCAGCUUCACCAAGUACCCCAACAGGUUCUACCCCCUGGAGAUUGACUAUGGCCAGGAUGAGGAUGCUGUGAAGAAGCUGAUGACGAGUGCGGGUUCGAGCUCCAAGCUGCAGAAGCCCAUCCAGGAUCUGAUCAGGAUGAUCUUUGACAUUGAGAGUAUGAAGAAAGCCAUGGUGGAGUUUGAGAUCGACCUGCAGAAGAUGCCUCUGGGAAAGCUGAGCAGGAGGCAGAUCCAGAAGGCCUACUCCAUCCUGAGUGAGGCGCAGCAGGUGGUGUCUGCAAACGCCUCAGAGUCCUACAUCCUGGACUUAUCCAAUCGCUUCUACACACUGAUACCCCAUGACUUUGGGAUGAAGAAACCGCCCCUGCUCAGUAACCUGGACUACGUGCAGGCUAAAGUGCAGAUGCUGGAUAACCUCCUGGAUAUCGAGGUGGCCUACAGCCUUCUUCACGGCGGAGUGGAAGAUGAUGAGAAGGACCCCAUUGACAUAAACUACGAGAAACUCAAGACCAAGAUUGAGGUUAUUGAGAAAGCAGCCGAGGAGGCCAAGAUAAUUCAGGAAUAUGUGAAGAAUACGCAUGCUGCAACCCACAGUAGCUACGCGCUCGAAGUAGAGGAGAUCUUCAGAGUGGUGCGUGAGGGGGAGCAGCAGCGUUUUCGGCCGUUCCAGGACCUGCACAACCGGCAGCUGCUGUGGCAUGGCUCCCGCACCACCAACUACGCCGGCAUCCUGUCCCAGGGCCUGCGCAUCGCCCCGCCUGAGGCGCCUGUGACAGGUUACAUGUUUGGCAAAGGGGUGUACUUUGCUGACAUGGUAUCCAAGAGCGCUAACUACUGCCACACCUCCCAGGCCAACCCUGUGGGCCUGCUUCUGCUGGCAGAGGUUGCUCUUGGCAACAUGCAUGAACUGAAGAAAGCAACCCACAUCACCAAGCUUCCCAGGGGUAAACACAGUGUGAAAGGAUUGGGCAGAACUGCUCCGGACCCCAGUGCCACAGUUAUCUUUGAGGGUGUACAGGUACCACUGGGCCAAGGCGUCAGCACUGAAAUCCAGGACACCACUCUGCUAUACAAUGAGUAUAUAGUGUAUGAUGUAGCACAGGUGAACCUGAAGUACCUGCUGAAGAUGAGGUUUAACUACCUCAGCUCGUUGUGGUGA